ACGGCUAGAAAACAACCAGUCCAGCUAAGAAGAUAGGAGCACUGGUGUCUAGCAAAAAUGUCGGAGAAAACCCCCUUUGAAACAGACAUGCUGACUCUCACACGGUUUGUCAUGGAGAAGGGACGACGAGUCAAGGGAGCUACCGGAGAGCUGACACAGCUGCUCAACUCCAUGCUGACUGCCAUAAAGGCCAUUUCCUCCGCAGUCAGAAAGGCAGGCCUUGCCCACAUGUUCGGCAUAGCAGGCACUGUGAACGUGACUGGGGACGAAGUGAAGAAGCUGGAUGUCUUGUCCAACUCCCUGGUGAUCAACAUGCUGCAGUCCUCCUACAGCACCUGCGUGCUGGUGACGGAGGAGAACAAGGAGGCCCUCAUCACCCCCAAGGAGAAGCGGGGUAAAUAUGUGGUGUGCUUCGACCCUCUGGAUGGCUCAUCCAAUAUAGACUGCUUGGCACCCAUAGGAACAAUAUUUGCUAUCUACAAAAAGGAGACAGAUGAUGAGCCCUCUGAAAAAGACGCUUUGCAGCCUGGGCGCAAAAUUGUUGCUGCAGGCUAUGCCCUGUACGGCAGUGCUACGCUGGUCGCCCUCUCUACUGGGCAAGGAGUGGACUGCUUCAUGUUGGAUCCGGCUCUUGGAGAAUUUAUUCUGGUUGAUAGAGAUGUUAAAAUCAAGAAGAAAGGGAAGAUUUACAGUCUCAAUGAAGGUUAUGCAAAGUAUUUUGAUCCUGCAAUGACAGAAUACUUAAAAAAGAAGAAAUUCCCUGAGGAUGGAAGUUCCCCAUAUGGUGCCAGGUAUGUGGGCUCCAUGGUAGCUGAUGUUCACCGCACAUUGAUGUAUGGUGGGAUCUUCAUGUAUCCUGCCAAUCAGAAGAGUCCUAAAGGAAAGCUUCGACUUCUCUAUGAGGGCAACCCUAUGGCCUUCAUCAUCGAGCAGGCAGGUGGGAUAGCAACUACAGGGACAGAGGCGGUGCUGGAUGUGAAACCUGAGGGCAUCCACCAGAGAGUUCCUCUCAUUCUUGGUUCUCCAGAUGAUGUGCAUGAGUAUCUUGCUUGUGUACAGAAACACCAGAAGAGCAGCUAAAGGCUUUUCCAGUUCAGACCUUGCUCAUCUGUCUUCAGUGCACAGUAAAAAUAUUCCUUUCAAGUUGUUGGAUUCUAGCAUUUCAACACCCACUUCUCAGUGAAUAUUCCACUAAAUGAGAGCAAGAGAAACUGUGAGAAUGGCUGAUGGAAAAAGCAAAUGUUUCAUUUCUCCAUGCAAACAAGUGUAAAAAUCCUUUCAUUCUGAUUUAUGCAAUGCAAAUGUAGAAACAGAAGCCUAAUUAAUAAACAGAAGCUACACACUUUACGUAACAUUAACAAAAAGAAGGGAAUAGUGUCAACACCCCCAUUUGAUCUGAAGCUAGAUGUCUGACACUACAUGAUGGCAUUUUUUGAGACAUGAUUUUCAUACUGACAUUUACAAUAUCAUUACCUACAUUUUCUGCCAGAAAUUUUGUUGCAGAUGCUUUUUAUUUUGUCAGCUCAGAGAAAACAGAAAGUCUUGUGCUGUUUGAAACAGUAUUUUCAAGCUCCAAAUGAUAUAUGUCAUGGGUAAUUAAUAAAGACGAAAAAGUAGUGACGCUGCUAAGGAAUAUCAGUUUUUAUAUGAAUGGGAAGAUGUCUGAUGUUAUGUACAGAUGUGUAAACUGCAAUGACAUAAAUUAAAAUAAACCACUGCUGCAAAUGUGA